GGGACGUGUGAGUUUCUGGUUGACUCUCAGAGGAAUUUCUAUUUCCUGGAGAUGAACACCAGACUGCAAGUGGAGCACCCAAUCACCGAGCUAAUUACAGGAGUCGACAUCGUCAGGGAGAUGAUCAACGUUGCCAGCGGUUGUCCGCUGAGUCUGAAGCAGGAGGAUAUUGGUAUCAAUGGCUGGGCAGUGGAGUGCCGGGUGUAUGCAGAGGACCCAGUCAGGUUCCUGCCCUCCAUCGGCUACCUCUCAACCUACAAGGAACCUCUGAAUGCCCCCGGACUGGAGAAUGUAAGAGUGGACACUGGGAUUGUGGAAGGCAGCACCAUCAGUAUGUUCUAUGACCCCAUGAUCUCCAAGCUGGUGACUCAUGGCGAGACAAGGGACGAGGCACUGGCCACGAUGGCCAAGGCUUUGGACCACUACUGCAUCCAAGGUGUGAAUCACAAUAUCCCAGUGUUGAGAGACAUCAUCACACAGCCUCGCUUCGUGUCCGGUGACAUCACCACUAAUUUCAUACCUGAAGUCUACCCCGAUGGGUUCAAAGGUCGGGUUCUGAGUGAGGGGGAGAAAGAUGAACUGGUGGCUGCUGCUUGCUACAUGCACAUAUCUCGUGAAGACACAGCCAAACAAUUCCUCAACCAAGAGAGACAGUCAGAGACGGUGGACCUGGAGCCCCAGGACUGGGAGCUGGUGGUAAAGUGUGAGGAGGAGAGUGUCCCUGUGAGGUGUGGGUGGAGUGAGGAUGGGCUGGAGGUGAGUCUGGAGGGAAAGGAGGAGCCCCUGACGAUCAGCACUGAUUGGAGGCUGGGAGAGCCUAUGAUGUUGGCUGAUGUUGACGGCAGAGAGGUUGCAGUCCAGGUGACUUUACUGUCUCUACACUCCUGUGUGUGAGAAUAGUGUACUGACUUAUGAUAAUAUGUAUGAAGCUCGACGAGGGAGAAGACUCUUCCUUAGGCACUAUGGCAACAAGUAUGAGGUGGUGGUGUAUGACCCCCAGUCAGCUGAGCUGAGUCGCCACAUACCCAGAGAGAGGCUCUGUGAGUUAGUUGAAGAGGAGAAAUAAUACAUUGUGUGUGGAGAGAAAAAUGGCAGAACAAAGAGAAUUGGGUCAGGCAACAACCACACAGUUAAGUUGGUCUGGUUGGCUAUAUUGUCAAAAAAAUAUUUCUGUGUUCUGUAAUGUCCCAAGAUCCUAGCUACAGCCUAGAACUGAAGAUUUCUCACAUUUUGUAAUACACAUCGACCCCAUACUUUUUUGAAUUUGUUUUCGAA